AUGUCUCAGCGUAAACAAUGGGAUCAUUUUUUUGAUUUUAUUGCCAGUGUUCCUGUGGACAAAGAGAGCCUCGACUUCUUUUCGCGGCUGCCUAUUGUUGGUCCAUACCUGGCAGAGUCGAGUCCCUACCAGCUCAUCCCAUUCGCAUCUCGCUACGACAAGUCCACCACAGAAAACAAAUUCUUCAGCCAAACAAUCAAUUCCCCGGACACUAUCCCACGAGCCCUCUGCCUGUUACGCAGGGACACUCUGUUCCUGAACCCGAAGUUUGAAGAAUCACUGCAGGGGCCCGCCAAUCCGGAUAUCGCUGUAUUUGUGCAGGUUGGUCCGGCACUGAAUGGAUUUGAGGAUGUAGCCCACGGAGGUAUAGUCGCGUCGCUGCUAGACGAGACGUUGAGCUUCUGCGUUGAAGCUUGGCGCUGCUCGUUUGAUCUCGCUGCAAAGCGACCCGCUGCCCAACAGACGCGGCUGUAUACGGCCAAUAUAAACAUCUCGUACCGUGCACCAGCAACGACUCCUGGUAUUAUUGGAAUUACAGCAUGGCUGAGGUGGAUGGAUGGCAGGAAAUGGUUUUUGGAGGCGAGAAUGACGGAUCAGCAUGGGAAGGUUCUCGCGGAGGCGCAAACGUUGUACGUUAGUCAGAAACCCGGGGCGGUCAUCUAG